GCAUCCUCGGGAUUUGAUUGGCUUCCCCGCUUAGUUCCGCUGGGAGUCGCAUCCUACCUGGUUAGGAGGUGUAUUGCCCUUCCACACUCUCCCAGCUCCUACUCUCUGGGCUGCUGCUGAGGUGGGAGGCAAAGUCCUGGUUCUGAGAUUGGGCAGUGUUAACAGAAAAAGAGAUCCCGAUGGGUUCUUGGAAAGCUUUUCUCUUCUUCCCUUUUCUUCUGUGGAGUCAAAGUAGAGGGGUGAGGUUGAUGUUCUUAUUAUUGACCCUGCAUUUGGGAAACUGUGUUGAUAAAGCAGAUGACGAAGAUGAUGAAGAUUUAACAGUGAACAAAACAUGGGUUUUGGCACCAAAAAUUCAUGAAGGAGAUAUCACACACAUUCUCAACUCAUUGCUUCAAGGCUAUGACAAUAAACUUCGUCCAGACAUAGGAGUGAGGCCCACAGUAAUAGAAACUGAUGUUUAUGUAAACAGCAUUGGACCAGUUGACCCCAUAAAUAUGGAGUACACAAUUGAUAUAAUUUUUGCCCAAACCUGGUUUGACAGCCGUUUGAAGUUCAAUAGUACCAUGAAAGUGCUCAUGCUUAACAGUAAUAUGGUUGGAAAAAUUUGGAUUCCUGACACUUUUUUCAGAAACUCAAGAAAAUCAGAUGCACACUGGAUAACAACUCCGAAUCGCCUGCUGCGGAUUUGGAAUGAUGGGCGAGUUCUAUAUACUCUCAGAUUGACAAUUAAUGCAGAAUGUUACCUUCAGCUUCAUAACUUUCCUAUGGAUGAACAUUCUUGUCCACUGGAAUUUUCAAGCUAUGGAUAUCCUAAAAAUGAAAUUGAAUAUAAGUGGAAAAAGCCCUCUGUGGAAGUGGCUGAUCCUAAAUACUGGAGAUUAUAUCAGUUUGCAUUUGUAGGGUUACGGAACACAACUGAAAUCUCUCACACAAUCUCUGGCGAUUAUAUUAUCAUGACAAUUUUUUUUGACCUGAGCAGACGAAUGGGAUAUUUCACUAUCCAGACCUACAUCCCAUGCAUUCUUACAGUUGUUCUUUCUUGGGUGUCUUUUUGGAUCAAUAAAGAUGCAGUACCUGCAAGAACAUCACUGGGUAUCACUACCGUUUUGACUAUGACAACCCUGAGUACAAUUGCCAGGAAGUCUUUACCUAAAGUUUCUUACGUGACUGCGAUGGAUCUCUUUGUUUCUGUGUGUUUCAUUUUUGUUUUUGCAGCCUUGAUGGAAUAUGGAACCUUGCACUAUUUUACUAGCAACAAAAAAGGAAAGACUACUAGAGACAGGAAGCUAAAAAGCAAGGCCUCGCUAUCCCCUGGUCUCCAUGCUGGAUCUACUCUGAUUCCAAUGAAUAGCAUUUCUCUGCCACAAGGAGAAGAUGAUUAUGGGUAUCAGUGUUUGGAGGGUAAAGAUUGUGCCAGCUUCUUCUGCUGCUUUGAAGACUGCAGAACAGGAUCUUGGAGGGAAGGAAGGAUCCACAUACGCAUUGCGAAAAUUGACUCCUACUCGCGAAUAUUUUUCCCAACAGCUUUCGCACUAUUCAAUCUGGUUUACUGGGUUGGUUAUCUUUACUUAUAAAUUCCAUUCCUGAACAAAAAUUCAUAAGACAUCUGGCUAAAUCUGAUGUAAUCUGUUGUACUUCAGGAAUAAGAGGGUCAAACUUAAAAUGGGGAGAAUCCAAUGGUUAAAAUCUGAAUAGUAUUAUAACUAUUUUAAGGCCUUCAUAGGUAAAUAAAAUAACUACUUUUAAAUUCAUUUACAUAAAUUUACAGAAAAUUCAUUAGUUGUCAGAUCCAGUAUGUUAAAAUAUUAGUAUAUAUAUUAUUAAUUUAUUAGUAUUAAAUCUUGUUAGGAUUUUGAAAGCUUCAUAAGUUAUGUGAUACAUAUUUUAAAGAUGAAAUAAAUUUAGUAUGUAUUUUGUUUAAAUAUAACUAUCAUUGUAUUGGGAGACUAAUGCCUAAUGUUUAAUAACUAUUUUGUCUAGAAACAUUGCUUACUUGAUUUUUUUUUCUUGAUUUUUAUUUAUCUGCACUGUUUGGGAUGCAGUUUGUUAAAACAAAUUUGUAAUUUCUUUGAAUUUAUUUCCAAGAUUUUUCAUUCCCCAGAAGACACUGUUUUAUUAUUUUUUAAA